GGUAAUCUCCCGUCCUACCAUAUCCAAUCAUCUCUGAAGCUACUACAUUCUACGUGAUGACCACGGCCGCUACAGGCGAGGAACAAGCUGGUCCAGCCGCGUCCCAGGCCCCUGCCGGUAUCGUGCAGCGGGCAGCAGACAUGGGAGCGGAUGCAGCUACCAGCGUAGCCAACAGUGGCUUUGCCCAAAGUGCCUCCAAUGCCGUUUCUUCAGCUGGCGACUCCGUUGCCAAUGCUACCGCCAGGGCCUUGGGCGAUUCGGCUACAACAGCUCACGAGUCGGGAGAUCAUCAUGAGAAGGACCAUGGUGAGAUCCCCAAGGCUCAUCCCAAUGAUGUUCCCGAUCGCAUGAAGGACCAUCCGCACCUCGAUCACCCUCCUGCCGUCGCUUCUGGCGAUGAGGUUCGCCCCGCCGAGCCAGAAAUUCAGGAUCUUGGAUGGAGCGAGGAUCCCAAAGUGCCUCAACCGGUCAUCUUUGGAGCUACCAAUGAGAAUGUCUGGGUGCUGGUUCGUCGAUUCAACAAGCAGGUCUACCAUGUCAAAGCGCUGCCUCAUCCGCCUCCCGGCGAGCUCGACUGCAACAUUGCAGAUAAGGACGAAUUCUUUCCCGAUAAGCUACGAUCGACUCUGGAAAGAUGUUACACCACCGUUGGUAUUGGUAUGAUCUCCCUCUUCACCCACAUCGCACGUGUACGAUCCUGGAAGGAGACGAGGAGGACUGCCCUUUUUGCCGGCAUCUACUUCAUCGCCUUCAUCUUCGGCUACCUCGUGACCACCUUCAGCGCCUUUCUCUUGCUCCUCUUUGUCUCUCCACGUGCUCGCACCAUCCUCUUCCCGCCUGCUCCACUAGCUGCCAUUUCCAGCAAAGGAACAGCGCAGGUACCCAAGUCGGGCCACCUAGGCAGCACAGACUCGGCUACUGGAGCAGCAGAGUCGUACAAGGGUGAAGCGGUCGAGCAGGAAGCUAGCAAUCUCGUCAGCUCCAUCUCCUCUGUGGCUGUCUCGACGGCAGUAGGCAAAGGCGCCCCUUCCGUCGAUGAUGCACACCCAGACGACAUCGAUGAGGAAGACUCUGAAAAGGGACGAGCGACCGAAGAAGCUCUGCCUGACCCGACCCAGGUGGCCAAGAAGGGUGCGGAAGCCAAGAGCAAGGCUGCGGGCGAUCCGAAGCUGGAAAAGGGCGACCAUACUGCUGGGGCCGUCGAUCACUCUGUCUGGACUCAGCUGCAGCCCAUCCUACACGCCCUGGAGGAUGUAGCUGACACCUGGGAGCGAUUCGGCAAUGCCCUCAGUCCCACCCCUCCCUUCCAUCAGUACCGCAACCGAGUCUUCAUCGCAGCUGCUCUCGUCUUGCCAAUCUUCCUCCUGAGUCUCUUCGUCACCCCCUGGAUGGUCUAUCAUGGCACCGCCUUCGGCAUUGGUUUCGGCUUCUUUGGUCAACCAGCCUUCGAUGCCGUCAAGCUUAGUGAUGCACGCAAGUGGCUCGACAAGAAUUUCCCCAAGUGGAAGGAAGCACUGCAGCUCAGGAACAGUCUACUCAAGGGAGUGCCUACGAAUGCCCAGCUCACAAUUACUCUUCUGCGUAUCGCCGAGGCGGCCAAGAGUCCUCUACCACCACCACCACCUCCUAUUGCUGCGCCCAAGCCCGAAGCUUCACAGGGAAACGAAAUGGCCGGAGAUGUACCUCCCGAGUACCAGCAGGAGAUGAAGGAAGCCGUGCACGAAGGUCGCGGCGAUGCUGCUCCCAAGCCCGAUGGAUCUACGACGUCUGCUCCGGACGCGGCAACUACAAAGAAGAAGUCUGGCAGCAAGCGAAGUUUGCUCAUGGGCUUCUUCAAGGGAACGGUUGCUGGUGGUACCCAAGGUGUACUCACAGCCAAUAGCGCAAAGGCCGUUGUUGGUUCCAAUGUUUCGAAGAAUCGUCUAGGUGUCGUCAAGAAGAAUCUCCAGCAGGAAGCACGAGGAGAUGGUCCUUCGUCCUUCAAGGGCCGACACAAGGGGAAGAGGGGCUACGUCGAUGUCAUCACUACCGCUGCUACACCCUGCGUCGUCUUUGAACCCGAGUGGGGAGCCCACGCCCGUGCGGCCCAAGCCGCAGUGGAUGCAGUUCCUACAAAGGGGGACGAGGAAGGAGGCACAGAAGCCGAUUCUGCCGCUACAAAGCAGACGCGUUCUGCCCUUCAAGCAGCUCUGGAUGUGGCUCGACCUAAAGCACACUUUUCAGUCCAAAUCGAUGAAAUUGUUGAAUUGCGUAAAAUUGGUGGAUUAGGUUGGAAGGGGAAGAUCAUCGUUGGUUGGGCUCUUUCCAGUGAGAUUGCAGAUGGAUUGGAGAUCACCACUGUUACCGGUGAGAGGAUUCGAUUGACUGCUAUGCCUAGACGGGAUGAAGUCUUCAAUAGGCUCGUCUCUUUGGGCAAGCAGCAGUGGGAGAUGUGGUGAGCCACACACUAGGAAGGCUGUGCUGGUAACAGCUCGAGAACGUGAGGGUCUUGUGUGCUUCGCGGAUCAACACGGCUUCGUACACCUACUUUUUAUUGGCCAGCAUCCAAGAUUUGUAUUACUCCACCUAUUAGC